AUGACAUACAGUAUACGAACUGUGACAAACUAUUUAAACAGUUUGGCACCACGAUUUCUUUUGCUGAAGGGAGACAUUGAAAUUUUGGAAAGUCCGAUAACCUUUUAUAAAACCUUACUAUUUAAGAUCAGUAAUUCAAAACACCGGAUAUUUUUAUCGUCAUUAUAUAUCGGCAAAACUCAACACGAAUUAAUACAAUGUAUUGAUGAUGCAAUGGCUAAGAAUGCCGACUUGAAAGUUUAUGUAUUGACUGAUGCAUUACGAGGUACAAGAGAAGCUCCAGAUAAUUGUUCGGCAUUGCUUUUGGCCAGUUUGCAAAAAAAAUAUGGCCAACGAAUUGAUAUCCGCAUGUUUCAUACUCCACACCUUUCAGGGAUCACAAAGUUUUUAGCUCCAAAAAGAAUAAAUGAAGGGUUUGGUCUUCAGCAUAUGAAGUUAUAUGGAUUCGAUGACCAAAUUAUACUAAGUGGGGCAAACUUGUCUGAAGAUUAUUUCACCAACCGUCAAGAUCGUUAUUACCUCUUUAACAACAAGCCUUUAACUGAUUAUUACUUUAAGAUCCACACCGCCAUAUCUUCACUUUCUUACAGAAUUAUGCAUACUGACAAGUUGAAACAAGGAUUCAAACUAACUUGGCCAACUUCCAAUGCUACUUGCGAACCUCAUUUGAAUAUCGAGCGAUUCAUUAGCGACUCUUCCUACCUAUUGACACCAUUAUUAAAGCAGCAACAAUUGAAUGCUUUUGAGGAAUUUGAUGAAAAUGAGGAAUAUGAUACUAUAGUUUAUCCAGUUUCUCAAUUUACACCAUUGUUCCCUCACAAUCAAGAUCAGCUGACUGAAAAACCAGCAAUUUUGCGAUUGUUAUCGUAUGCAGACUCUCUCAAGACAAAAUGGUGGUUCACUGCCGGAUAUUUCAAUAUGCUACCAGAAUACCAACAGCGGUUGUUGAAUGGUAAAUCUCAAGGGACAGUUAUCACGGCAUCUCCAAAAGCCAACUCGUUUUAUAAAUCACCUGGUGUUUCUUAUUACUUACCACAAGCAUAUCUUUUAUUUGCUAAGCAAUUUUUACAAAAAGUGAGAGAUCUAGGAAAAUCUGCUCUUAUAACUGUUUAUGAAUGGCAAAAGGGAAUAGUGAACACUCCAGGUGGAUGGUCGUAUCAUGCAAAGGGGUUAUGGAUAACCGCCCCUGGGGAAGAUGAACCAAGUAUUACCGUCAUUGGAUCUUCUAAUUAUACCAAGCGUGCAUACUCGUGCGAUUUGGAAAGCAAUGCCAUUAUUAUCACCAAAGAUAAAGACUUGAAAAUGAAAAUGAAACACGAAAUUGAUAAUUUGAUGGAAAAUGUGCAUGAAUUGAAAUUAGAAGAUUUCAGUCCAAAAUUAGAAUCACAAGUUAAUGGAGAUGCAGAGACAGAAUCAGUGGAUGAACCUAAAUAUUCAGUAGAAGAAGAUAGAAAGAUUAGUUACGGGGUUCAUUUGGCUGUUAAGUUGCUUGGUGGAAGACUCUAG